AUGAAGAUUACCGCCCUCCUAAGCUUGGCGAUAGCGCAUGUCGCGGCUGUGCUGCCAAACACGCCCAAUCCAGAAGACUUGACAAGCUGUUCCAACGGCUUAAAAUGGACACUACACGAACUUGACAGGCCGAGUUUUGUCAAAUCCCCUACCGGCCGGACACUCUUGAUAAAUCCCUCGGCAGCCCUUGCUAGACCAGCUCGCUGGUCUGGCGUUACCCUUAACCCUCGAGGGCCAGGGAUAUACGACGGGAUAUCCACAAGGAACUUCGUGCCGUACUCGGCUUUGCACUAUACUGGAUACUUUGUUAUGAGAACGAAUAGCCCUGGGAAUCAUUACGAGUUCAGAUUUCAGGCUACUGGCACUAUGUAUGUUUGGUUUAAGCAGAGAGCGGGAUCAGGCUUUGGCCUGGACACGGCCGACGUGGUUGUGGAUACACCGGGAGUCACGUUCACUCAAUCCUUCGAAGCCAAGGACUCUCAACAAAUCCCAAUCCGAAUACUCUAUCUUCAUACGGAUCAGCCUUUGGAAUUCUCUGUUGAGCUUGUGGGGCCUUAUGGUGCGAAGCUUCUAGGCGCUGCGAAGGAUGCGACGGACGAGUUCAUCAACUGUGGCUCGGCAAAGACUCCGUAUGAAUUCGAAAACAAAACACCCCUUCCGCCCGUAACAAACAAGGGCAGCAAUCCAAUUGCUACCGAUACUGAGGUCUUUCCCACUUUUGAUAAAGAAGAACAAACCAACUUGAUCGCGCUGCUUAGUGUGGCUGGCCAGGCCAAGAAAGUUAAAGACUUUUACAAUUCGAAACUACCAGUCACAGCAUCUCAAGCCAGGAAGUUAGGCACGAAAGCCGGAACAAGAGUAUUAAAAUCAUUAGACUCAACACCUGGUCGACCAGCGACUGUGGUGUUUACCUGGCUUUUCGGCAUCGCAAAUUGUGUUGCUGAGGGUAAAAAGACAGACGAGUUACUCGAGUGCGGCAAAGUUGCACUCCAAUCAAUGGGCGAUAACCGGUCUAUUGACUUGCCUGAGCCCUGCAACAACUUUCUGGGCCAGUUUGAGAUUCCUGGUACUGGCAGGCCGGCACCUUGCUACGACCGCAACGUAAAGGAGCAUCCCGCAGGGAACUGGCGUAAGCGCGCCUGGAUGCGAUUCUUAUGCAAGACGGCUCGAUUCCUGCAAGGGGGUGAGACGCCAUAUGACCGCGAGCGUCAAGGCACCUGUGAGGAGCGAUUCCCAAGCGAUGCCGAGCUUGCUGCUAUACCCACAUAUGAGCAGGUCAGGGCUAGAAUGCAAAACGCAGCCCGCGCCCUCGAUCUUCAUAAGAAAGAGGUUCAGAAACGGGUGAAUGAUGGCGGCCACCAGGUCAGUUGGAAGGAUAUCACCACGGCCGCUAAGUUUAUGGCCGACGGGGCAUUCUCGGACGCUGAGAAGGGCGAAAUGACGGAAGCUGAGUCGAUCAAACUGGCCAAGGAGUUCCUGCGCGAUGUGCAGCUACCAAGAAACGAACACUGGGCCACUGUCACUUCCAUUACAGCAAAAGUUAUCCCCGUAGACCAAGCCGAUGUUAAUCAGGCGGUUGGCAUCGCAAACUCGGUCCGCAGGGACUUGUUUCAGAAUUCGCUUCCUCGGGAAGACGAAGUGUGCUACACGGAUAUAAUCAUUGCUAGGGAACAGCAACGUCAGCCCAACUGGCGUGACGUCGCUGGUGCGCUCCAAAAAAUCAACAAUACCAUAGCGGAGGAACAGCGCGCUUGCAAGGCCUGUCCCCCUAAAGACGGCGGUAAAUGGGUCUUAGCAUGCGGCUUGGGAGUCUUUUAA